ACCCUGGGGAGUAUUAGGCCCAGCUCUGGGAGCAGGUUGCAGGUUAAUAGGAUGGGUGCAGCUAGCAGAGGCUUGUGGAAUGUGGGUAGACUCCCUGUGUGGUGGCUACAGAGCAAAUCCCUGGAAUCUGGGUACUUGGUGACUUCCAAUGGCUAUGACCCGACUUCCCUUCACACUGGGGAUUGAAGCAAAAGCUACUCCCAGGCUCUUCCUGCCAUGUUAAGGGAUACAGGCAUUUGGUUUUCCAGUACCGGCCUCAGGACCUGUAUGACACACCCUCCUGAGACUGACCUUCCUGACAGCUUCUGCACCACCUUGUGGUCAGACAGACUGAGUCCCCUUGAAGCCAGGAUGACGUCAUUUUAGGUUGUUCCCUCUCCUGUCAGUGCCAGACUCCGGGGAGGAACCAGAGCAACUGGCCUGGAAACAUCUGGAAGAGCCUUGAGGGCAGAUUGAUUGGCAGAGUGACUAACUCAGGUAGCAUCCCUCAAGGUUCUUUGGUGGUGGUGCUUACUUGGGGAUACACCUCUGCUGGUAAUACAGAAAUGGUUGCAUUAUGCCAUUAGCAUGCAUGGAGAUAGAUGGUGGGCCAGGAAGUAUCUUAGCAGCAGAGACAGGUUAGGAAAACUGGGACUUUUCCAGCCUCAGGUGGGGCCCGGCAGUGUUUGCUUCCUUCUCCUCUUAGCUCCAUGUGGGGCUGUCUCCCUGGCCCAGUCUGAGUGCUCUUGGGAAGCCAGUCCACCUCUCCACAGUGGCCACUUGGUCUUCAUUGAUGGGUGUGGGCUGGUGUGGUUUGACCAUUAUUCAGAGGCACCACAGUCUUGGCUGCAAGGUGCUCACCGACACUAGGGGCUGAGCAGGCAUUCCUGGAUGUCACUGUGGAAGGUGUGGACACUGGUGAAUAGAAUAGAAGGCUUGUGCGGAUAGUACAUGCACCAAAGAGUGAACAGUCAGAAGUCUGACAUCAGACUGAGGCAGAAAUUGGCGGCCUGAGGUGAUGGACUGGUGAACGUUCUUUCUGUCUUGUCAGGAGGGAGGUGACCUGGGGCCUUCGUGGAACAUUUGCCAGAGUGUGUGGAUUCUUUAAUGGCCACGGCCUCGGGGGAGGCCAGGGUAAAAGGAUGGGCUUUGUGUUGGCUCAGGCUGUGCUGACCCAAAUUGGACAACAGCCUAUGGUUGAGCUGCCCUGCCUCUGACUCUGCUGUGCAAUUUUAAGGAACUUUAAGAACAGUAUUUUGUGGUUUUAAGACUUUAAAAAAAAUCCUGUCUCAGGCCUCGGCUUACUGAGGCUCUGAGGCCUGUCCCUCCUGCUGUGAUGGAGAGGAGAUUGCCUCAUCCCUCUGCCACUGGGCUGAAUCUGGGGGCCAGGCACAGGGCAGAGGGGGCCAGUCCCCGGGUGAAACCACACCUGCUCUCCCCCAACCCCUACCAACCCCUAGCUGUGGGUACUUGGAGGGGUUGUGAGUGCCUGGGGGUACAUGCUGCUGCCACAGGCAGCCCAGAGUGCAAUCCUGAGCCAGUCUCGGAUUCUAGAUGGUUCUGGGCAAAUUCUGUGAUUCAUUAACCACCUGGAAAAUAGCAAAGAGAAGAAGGAGCCACCAUUUCUGAAGUGCCUGCUGUGGGGCCAGGAUACCUCUUAUCUCUGCUUUGAGUUCCUGGAGAAGGAAGGGUGGGGGUUGCUGCUCCAGGCACCAGGAACAUCAGCUAUAAGCACAGUGGGAGACAGAAUUUCGCAGAGCAGGGUUCCUAGCCCUGCUCACUGUGACAUGCUCCAUCCCCCGUGCCACGGACCGUUCCAGAGUCCAGUUGGUCUGUAGGUGAUUGCAUGGCCCUGGAGGAAGCACUGCAGCUGCAACCGUGGCCCUAGACUACUUCCUGUGUUCUAACAAAGAUUUCUGAAGACUUCUUCCUAGAAACGAUUGGGAAGUUUCAAGAGGCACAAGAUAAAGAGUUUCUGCGGAAGGUCGGAAAGAAGCACACCAUUUAAGAAUAGAACCGAGAGUCCUGUGACAUUGGCAGUGGUGAGAGCCACCUGACCCUACCCAGUGUGCUGGGAAAUGCAUUUGCUGCUGAAGUCCCUGCCGCAGCCCCUGCUGAUGAGGAUGUGUGCCCCCACUGGGGGGCUGCUCAUUGCCCUCACCAUGGUAUUUGAGGCAGCUGUGGCAUUUGCACCCAUACCUAGGAUCAUCUGGGAGCACAGAGAGGUGCAGCUGGUGAAGUUUCACCAGCCAGGCAUCUUCAACUACUCAGCCUUGCUGCUGAGUGAGGACAAGGACACCCUGUACGUGGGCGCCCGGGAAGCUGUGUUUGCUGUGAACGCACUUGACAUCGCCCAGAAGCAGCAUGAGGCAUAUUGGAAGGUCUCAGAAGAUAAAAAAGCAAAAUGUGCAGAAAAGGGGAAAUCCAAACAGACUGAAUGUCUCAACUAUAUCCGAGUGCUACAGCCACUUGGCGCCACCGCCCUUUAUGUGUGUGGGACCAAUGCCUUCCAGCCAGCCUGUGACCACCUGAACCUAACAUCUUUUCAAUUUCUUGGGAGAAACGAAGAUGGCAAAGGAAGAUGCCCCUUUGACCCAGCACACAGCUACACAUCUGUCAUGGUUGAUGGAGAACUUUAUUCCGGGACAUCAUACAAUUUUUUGGGAAGUGAGCCCAUCAUCUCCCGAAAUUCUUCCCACAGUCCUCUGAGAACGGAGUACGCAAUACCUUGGCUCAACGAGCCCAACUUUGUCUAUGCUGAUGUAAUUCGAGAAAGCCCGGAGAGCACUGAGGGUGGGGACGACAAGAUCUACUUCUUCUUCACAGAGGUGUCUGUGGAAUACGAGUUUGUCUUCAAGUUGAUGAUCCCCCGGGUAGCGAGAGUGUGCAAGGGAGACCAGGGUGGCCUGAGGACCUUACAGAAGAAGUGGACGUCCUUCCUGAAGGCCAGGCUCAUCUGCUCCAAGCCAGAGAGCAACCUCAUCUUCAAUGUGCUGCGGGCCCUCUUCAUCCUCAGGUCUCCAGGCCUGAAGGAGCCUGUGUUCUAUGGGGUCUUCACCCCACAGCUGAACAACGUGGGGCUAUCAGCUGUGUGCACCUACAACCUCUCCACAGCUGAGGCGGUCUUCUCCCGAGGAAAGUACAUGCAGAGUGCCACAGUAGAGCAGUCCCACACCAAGUGGGUACGCUACAAUGGGGCUGUGCCCACGCCGAGGCCAGGGGCGUGCAUCACCCACGAGGCGCGGGCGGCCAACUUCUCCAGCUCUCUCAAUCUGCCCGACAAGACGCUGCAGUUUGUCAAAGACCACCCUCUGAUGGAUGACUCUGUGACCCCAAUAGACAACAGGCCCAGGCUGAUCAAAAGUGGCGUGAACUACACACAGAUUGUGGUGGACCGGACCCAGGCCCUGGAUGGGACCGUCUACGAUGUCAUGUUUCUCAGCACAGACCGGGGUGCCCUGCAUAAAGCCAUCAGCCUUGAGAACGACGUUCACAUCAUCGAGGAGACACAGCUCUUCCAGGACUUGGAGCCAGUUCAGACCCUGCUGCUCUCUUCCAAGAAGGACAGAAGUUUUAUCUAUGCCGGUUCCAACUCGGGUGUGGUCCAGGCCCCUGUGGCCUUCUGUGGGAAGCACAACACCUGCCAGGACUGCGUGUUGGCCCGGGACCCCUACUGUGCCUGGAGCCCUGCCAGGGCGGCCUGUGUGGUCCUGCACAAGACCCACAGCUCAAGCAGGGGUCUGAUUCAAGAGAUGAGCGGGGAUGCGUCCACUUGUCCUGAUAAAAUUAAGGGAAGUUACCAGCAGCAUAUUUUCAAGCAUGGCAGCACAGCAGAACUCAAAUGCUCCCAAAAGUCCAACCUGGCGCGGGUGGUAUGGAAGUUCCAGAAUGGUGUUCUAAAGGCUGAGAGCCCUAAAUACAGCCUGGUAGGUAGGAAGAACCUGCUCAUCUUCAAUCUGUCAGAAGGAGACAGUGGGGUGUACCAGUGCCUGUCAGAGGAAAGGGUCAAGAACAAGACGGUCUCACAGGUGGUGGCCAAGCAUGUUCUAGCGGUCAAGAUGGUCUCAUGGAGCCCGGUGGCCUCCUCCUCACCAGCCACUUGGACGGAAGGUAUUAGGAUCACCCCCGAAGCGUCAACAGGGCCCAUCCAAGGCUCUUCUCCCCAGACCCCAGCUGUGCGGCUUACCACUCCUUCCAGCCUGGUGCCCACCAGUACAUCCUGUGAACCAAAGAUCGUUAUCAACACAGUCUCCCAGGUCCAGUCUGAGAAGACAAUGUAUCUCAAGUCCAGUGACACCCGCCUCCUCAUGUUCCUCUUCCUCUUCUUCUUUGUUCUCUGCCUUUGCCUCUUCUCCUACAACUGUUACAAGGGCUACCUGCCUGGACAGUGCCUCAGAUUCCGUUCUGCCAUGCUGCUGGAGAAGAAGCAACCCACCUCAGAUUUCUCCGACUGUGAGCAGAGUGUGAAAGAGACACUGGUGGAGCAGGGCAGCUUCUCCCAGCAGAAUGGAGGGCAGCCCAAGCCAGCCCCGGACACGGGCUAUGAGACAGAGCAGGACACCAUGGCCAGCAGAGCGCCCACCGACAGGGAGGACUCACAGAGAAUUGAUGAUCUUCCUGUCAGGGACAAGCCGUUCGACGUCAAGUGCGAGCUGAAGUUUGCUGACUCAGAUGGGGACUGAGGUGUUUCCCGUGGAGAGGUCUUUGUGUUCCCAUGCAGUAACCUUGUCCUGUGCCAUGUAGGUAGCCCAUCCUCCGCAAAUCUCAGUCUUGUAUCUUUUCUCUUGAGUCGAACUUUGACUUGGUUUCUGUUUGUCCUUUCGGAAUACAGCGAGCAUUGCACCUGGGCUCCCUCGGUCAGUUGGAGCGCUGUGAGCCGUACCUGCAGGCAGCGGGAAGAUGGCUGGACUGCCACUGGCCUGGGAAGAGUAGUACCUUGAGUGUCACCUCCUCAAAAAGCAGCCACUGAAAGAUAAUUUAAUUCCAGAUUGGAAAUGACUUUUUAGUUUAUCAGAUUGGUAACUUAUCACCUGUUGUCCAGAUUGGCACAAAGCUUUUCUUCUGCAUAAUUAUUUUUUAGGAUUUUGCUUUAAUUGUGUUGGAGUCUUAGGUCAUUUAUUUUUUAAAUUACUAAAGCAGCUAUUUUAAUAUUCAGAAGAUGUACAUCUUCUAGAUUUUGUUGUAUGUUUGGAUAAGAUAUGGCUUACGUUGCUUCAGAUUCUCAGGGAUAAACUUAAUUUUGCUAAACACGUUCUUUCUGCUUUUAGAAAUGCAGACAAAACCGUCUUUUGAGCACACUGACUUUUUCUUUUUAAUUCCUUCAGGGAAGCAUCAUUUCAGAAAGAUUUUCUUUCUAUACUUUUUUCUCUUUUUAACUCUUGAAGAGAAGGCGUGGAGGCAUCCUACGACCACCAGGCAGGGCUUUGAGUGAGGGGCGGUAGCCCCACGGGGCAGAGCUGGGCUGGCCCAGAGCCGAGGGGACAGGUGUUUCACACUCCACUGCCUGUGGCCACUGGUCACAGCCUCCCGUCCCGACAGACUCUGGUUGUCUGAACAUCUUCUUUUUCUUUUUGCUUCCACUUCACACCUCUUACCCACCCAGACUUUCCACUUGGCUGACCUGAGCCAUCCACAGGUAAAAGAGAGCUGGGCAGCAGGGAAGGAUGGGCCUGUGUCCACAGCUGCCCACAGACACUGCUGUGGCAGACCUGCGUGGCCUGGCACUGUCUUUAAGAUGUGACAAGCGGUGCAGUUUAACAUCGUUGACCUCGCACUCCACCUCCCGCUAUCCAAAUACCUACAAGAGGAGACUUUUUUCCAUGGCAAAGAGCAAUAAACUCUGGAUUUGUGUGUGCCUGUGUGGACAGUCUCAUCUUCCAGCAUGAUAGGAUUUGACUGUUUUGUGUAAACAGUUGUGUUUUAUAAGAUUUACUUUGUUUUUAUUUUUCUACUUUGAAUUGUAUACAUUUGGAAAGCAACCAAAUAAAUAAGAAGCUUAUAUCCUAAA